UUAACGUGUUUGCUUUUCAUUGGUCGCUUAACUGCUAUAUAGUCUUUACUGGCCUUUCUCUGAUUGAUACUUCGACAUACACAUAGAUAAGAGCGGAACAACUACAGGUGCCCAGUAAACUCAAUAGUGUGAUACUUCAUUUUGUACAUUCAAACAUCAAAGAAUGGAAAAGAAAAUUACCAUGUUUGUGUGCAUCUUGCUGUUAACUACUCCAAUUUGUCAUGCUUUGACCUUUGGAGAAUUUUUAGCAGGAGCGGUUGGUGUGGCAGCUGCACCGUUUGUUAUACCAGCGGCACUUGGAGCAGCAGGUUUUACUGCUGGAGGAAUUGUAGCGGGUUCAUUGGGAGCAGCUGCGAUGUCAGCCUCUGCACCGGUCGCUGCCGGGAGCAUUGUUGCAAUGGCUCAGUCCAUAGGGGCAACGGGGGCUAUAGGAAUGGCAGGAAAGGCCAUCGGUGGUGGGGUAGGUUACGCUGCAUAUCGCGCAACAAAGGAUGAUGAUUAACUUUAAUAUACUUCAUUAUCACUCAAUUGUUCAGUGUUAUUGUGAAUGAUUUAUGAGGAAACUUUUACGACUGAAAUUUUUUUUUGUGUUUGUAAUUCAUUUAUUUUGUAACUUCUGCAUCAGCGAGGUUGAUAAUCGUAGUGACCGUUUAUUCAGAUUGUAAUGUUUUGGUUGAUUUGUUACGCAGUUUCCAUUGAUUCAGUCGACAAAAAAACAGAAUUGAAAAAUAUAUUAAUCUAUUAAUAAACGAAAACAAAAUUUUCA